UACCGGAAAUGCUGUCAGUCGUCAGUAGCUUGAUGUCAACCCAGUAUCUGAAAUUCAGUCGGCGGAUUACGAGUGUCUUUGUUUUGGAUUUAAUCUGUACAAUAAGGGGGUAUUUUAGGUUUGGACACUGUCUGGACGUCGUGUGUGUUCGUUGUUCCGUGAUGACGCCCGCUGUUUGCUCUGCUGGAGGCUUUUGUUGGUGAAAAAUCAAAAAGGUUGAUCCGUCACUUUCCCAGAUGUGGCCGCUACCUCUGCUGAGAUUCCUGCUCAUGAAUGGCGAGGACACUGUGAUCGAGCGGCUGUGGCUCGGCCUGGAGGGAUGACAGGACGUUAGCAGACAUGGAGACAGGGGAGACACACGCUGAGGGAAACGCUGUAUUUACUUAGUGUAGAGUCUCCACAUUAGACUCCUUUUGGAUAAGAGUAAACCAUUUUUGUAAUUUUCUUCAGAGCUUUUUUUGUUAAUUAUUCUGAAGCCACACUUGGCUGUUGGCAGCAGACGUCACUAUGACCUCUGAGGGUUUCCAGUACCGGGCGCUGUACGACUACAAGAAGGAGAGGGAGGAAGACAUUGACCUGCACGUUGGCGACAUGCUGCUGGUCAGUAAAGGAGCGCUGCUGGUGCUUGGCUGCAGCUCUGGAGCCGAAGAGCGGCCAUCAGAGAUCGGCUGGCUGCCGGGCUUCAACGAGACCACACAGGAGAAGGGUGACUUCCCGGGGACCUAUGUGGAGUUUGUUGGCAGAAAGAGGAUGUCUCCGCCCACACCGAAGCCCCGCCCUCCCAGACCGCCUUCUGCAGCGUCAGUGAGGGCUGACUCUGAGUCAGAGGGCUUCAUGAUGCCAGACCUCGCAGAGCAGUUUGGACCCCCAGACACGGCCCCUCCCCUCCUUAGCAGACUGAUGGAGGCCAUAGAGACCAAAGGUCUGGACAGUCCCAGUGUGUAUCGCAGUGUAAGUGGAGGAGCCGUGGACACGCGGCAGCUGGCCGACACCGACCUGGAGCAGCUGGAUGUGUCGUCCCUGUGUGAUGGGGUGGUUCGGUUCCUGCAGGAUCUCCCGGGUCCUGUCCUCCCUUCCAUGCUGCAGGGGGACAUGGUCCUUGCAGUGCAGGAGGUCCGAGACCUGGAGGACUGCGCCCAGGUGCUGCGGGAGGUGGCGAGCUCGCCGGCCUGCCCAGCCCAGUAUGGCCUGACCCUGCUUAGCGUGGUCCGACACCUGGCCCGUCUGUGUCUGCAUGGCUCCAGAAACCAGCUGAGCCCCAGAAACCUGGCGGAGAGCUUCAGCCCACUGCUGUUCAGACAGAGCGCGGGGUCUGAGUCUGGUCUGGAUCCUCUGGUUCAGGUCCUGGAGGUUCUGAUAACCAGUGAGCUCAACAUGAACCAAGCUGCACCAGCUUUGCCUCCUAAGCCGAUCAAGUCGUCGGCCCCGGCAGCUUCCAGCAGCUUUAACAACAGUAUCUCUCUGCAGGAUGCUGAGUGGUACUGGGGGGACAUUUCCAGAGAGGAGGUGAAUGAGAAGCUGAGAGACACGGCAGAUGGUACGUUUCUGGUCCGAGACGCCUCCACUAAGAUGCACGGAGACUACACUCUGACUCUCAGGAAAGGAGGCAACAACAAACUGAUAAAGAUUUUCCAUCGGGAGGGGAAGUACGGCUUCUCAGACCCUUUGACCUUCAGCUCAGUGGUGGAGCUGAUCAACCACUACCGCCACGAGUCUCUGGCCCAGUACAACCCCAAACUGGACGUCAAGCUGCUCUACCCGGUCUCCAAACACCAGCAGGACCAGGUGGUGAAGGAGGACAGUAUCGAAGCUGUGGGGAAGAAGCUUCAUGAGUACCACCUGCAGUACCAGGAGAAGAACCGAGAGUAUGACAGACUGUACGAGGAGUAUACCAGGACUUCACAGGAGAUCCAGAUGAAGCGAACCGCCAUCGAGGCGUUCAGUGAGACCAUAAAGAUCUUCGAGGAGCAGUGUCAGACCCAGGAACGCUUCAGCAAAGAGUACAUUGAGAAGUUCCGUCGAGAGGGCAAUGACAAGGAGAUUCAGAGGAUCAUGGAGAACUACGACAAGCUGAAGUCUCGCAUCAGUGAGAUCGUGGACAGUAAAUGUCACCUGGAGGUGGACCUGAAAAAACAGGCCGCUGACUACAGAGAGAUCGACAAGAAGAUGAACAGCAUCAAACCAGACCUGAUUCAGCUCCGCAAGACCAGGGACCAGUACCUCAUGUGGCUGACCCAGAAAGGAGUUCGUCAGAGGAAACUGAACGAGUGGCUCGGUCUGAAGAACGAGACCACAGAGGAUGAGUGCAGUAUGGUGGAGGAUGAGGAGGACCUUCCUCACCAUGAUGAGCGCCUGUGGCGUCUGGGAAACAUCAACCGCAGUCAGGCCGAAUCUCUGCUGCGAGGGAAGAGAGACGGGACCUUUCUGGUCCGAGACAGCAGUAAACCUGGCUGCUACGCCUGCUCCGUGGUGGUGGACGGGGAGGUGAAACACUGCGUCAUCAACAAGACGAGCACUGGUUACGGUUUUGCGGAGCCCUACAACCUGUACAGUUCUCUGAAGGAGCUGGUGCUGCACUACCAGCACACCUCACUGGUCCAACACAACGACUCGCUCAAUGUCACGCUGGCCUUCCCCGUCUACAGCCAGCAGAGACGGUGACCCGUCCGGUUUGUACCCUCAUCACAGUCCCACAGAGACCUUGUUUACACACCCAACCCCCAGACCUCGAGCCGGUCCGUCUGACAUGUCACACCAUAUGAGAGUCCCUCUUGUCUGUUCACAGACCAGAACGUGACAUAAUUCUUGUGCAGUAACUCACCUGGACAGAAGGUCAGGAAUAAAACCUGGAGUCUGUCCUGGUCCUGCAGAUCACAGUGGGUCAAAGAGCCGGUUGAAUGGAGCACUGUUGUUUUGUCUUCUCUGUUCAUCAUGAACAAAACACGCAUCGCUUCUUGGCGCUGUCCCUGAAUCAGGACUUUCAGAGCGACUGACGACUGAAUACUGCUGUAGGUGGCGGCCAGGCCGCUCCUCGUGCUCUGCUACCAAAGACAGUUUCCCACGCAGUGAACAGUUUGGCCAGUUUCAUGUUCACUG